AUGGGCGAGACAGGGCACCGCCCGCCCAGGCGCCCAGCCCACUCCCAGAGACGGAAAGAAAGUGGGGAGAGACAGAGGCCGACCGCGACGACCCUGCCCGACCGCCUCCCUCCGCUUCCGACUCGUCCUAUUCCUGGCUCGGCCUCCCCUAUCGCCUCGCCCGUCCGCAAUCGCAUGCCGCCCCGACCCAAAAAAAAGGGCGACCGAUUUCCUCGGUGCCCGGGCGAGGGAGCGCCCCGUCCGAUGGUGGUUGUGGUGGUCAAGCAGGAGCAGGACGACGACGCGGCCGCCGCCGCCUGGGGCACGUGGGAGGAGCUCGUGCUCGGCGGCGCCGUCCUCCGCCACGGCGCCGCCGACUGGCACGCCGUCGCCGCCGAGCUGCGCGCCCGCUCCCCGUGCUCCUUCUCGCCCAAGGAAUGCGAAGCAAAAUUUUCAGAGAUUCAAGCACGCUACUCUGCAUGCGAUGCUUGGUUUGAGGAGCUUCGCAAGCAGAGAGUUGCUGAAUUGAAAAGGGAGCUGAGGAAAUCAGAAAGUUUUAUUGGGUCCUUGCAGUCUGUGAUCGAGAGUCUCAGCAAUAGCAAACAUGAUAAUGGUAAUAACUUAGGAUGUCACACUGAAUCAUGUUCACACACUGAAAAUGCAGCUGAUACUACUUCCUCGAGCAAAGAAUUGUCCAAAGACAGAUCAUCCGCUGCUAGUUUCACAGAGGAAGCAAGCAACAGUCAAAAAUCUCAGAAAGUUCAAAAUACAUCAGCAGAGACAUUAUCAAAGCCCCAUGCUGAAAAGAAGCUCUGUGCCAAAGAUGGUUUGCUUUGGGGCUCUAGAAAGAAAAGGGGAUUGAGGGAUAAAAGGGCUAUUCUGAUGGCUGUUGAUAGUAGCAGAGAUGGUGAAAAUACAUCUACGCCAUGCAUACAGGGAGAGGGUUCCUCUGAGGGCUGCAUGAAGAAAUUGAAAACUCCAAAGAUAGAGCCUGGUGUAUCUGUGUGCAAAGCUCCAUGCGUACAGAGAGAGGUUCCCUCUGAAGGCUGCAUCAAGGAACUGAAAACUCCAAAGAUAGAGCCUGGUGUAUCUGUGCGCGAGGGAGCAAAACCAAAAUUGGCAGAUAUUAUGAAUAGUAUAUCCGCUCAAGGUGACUGUAAGAUGUUGCAACACCAAAUUGAUAUCCAGCGGAAGAGAGCUAGAUACAAGAAGAUGAUCCGUCAGCAUAUGGACUUCCGAAUCCUUCGUUCAAAGAUAAAGAGUGGUGCUAUCUCUUCUGCCAAGGAGCUCCUAAAAGACAUGCUCGUGUUUGUGAAUAAUGUCCUUACUUUUUUUCCAAAGGCCACACUGGAGCACAUGGCUGCAAUCGAACUUCGAGGUCUCAUAUGCAAAACGUGGCAACAGAGUUCAGUCGUUCUCUCCAUGAAUUGUGAAGCAGCAGGGAUAGCUAGUGACCCUGUAAUCAAGAAGACCAAGGCAAGGAUCGCUAGUGGCCCUGUAAUCAAGAAGACAGCUGCUGAGCCUGUACUAAAGAAGACCAUGGCAGCGAUAGCUAGUGAGCCUGUAAUAAAGAAGACAGUGGCUGGGAUAGCAAGUGAACCUGUGAUGAAGAAGACCGGGGCAGGGAUAGCUUGUGAGGCUGUAAUCAAGAAGACUGCUGCAAGGGUAGCAAGUGACCCCAUAAGCAAGAAGGCGGCGGCAGGGGCCACUAGUGCCCCUGCAUCCAAGAAGAUUUCUCGAACAUUGCCGCCAAUACGUCACGUGCCUCGUGAUGCAAAGAGAAGCAAGGUUUCCUCAAGGGAGACUGGAAGCACUGUCAGUCAGGGUGAGAGCGAGACCAGGGACGUCCCCGCCGUUGCAGCGGCAGCAGCCGAGGAAGAAACCGUCGAGAGAAGUGCGCCCGCCGCCAAGAAGCGAGGGGUCGGGCGGCCUCCAAAGAGUGGACAGAAGCGUGCUGCACCGCCGCCGCAAGACAGUCCUAGCAAAGGCAGGAAGAGGAGUCGACGGUGA